AUGACUAGUCGAUAUUACAAGCGGGGGUUCCUUUUGGGCAUUCAAGACAAGGAUCUCUUUGAACAGUCGUCGCUCUUUUUCUUGUGCAUCGACUGGCCGUCGGUCCAAAAACAUAAUGGCAUCCGCCAAAGCAUCGCCACUACGAACAAGCGAUUGAUUCAAGCUCUUGAGUCUGUCGUUGUUGGCUUUCUUGUAACCAGGGUAGUGAUCUCUCAGACGGGUAAGAAGGCUCGCUCACGCACAGUGAGAUCCAAGUGGCGAAGGUCAGAAUUUGACCCUUUCACUUUGCUCGAGACUGGCGGGCACAUUCGGGGGGUCAACAAGGCCAACAGAGCUGUUAGAUGCUUUGGGAAACACCAAAAGCGAGCGAUCAACGUAUUUAAGGGUGUUCAGAGCUGUCUGAAACUCGUAGAGAGACGGCGCGUACAGAACACCCGCAUCCGCAAUCUCGCACAUGUGUUUCCGUCGUCCCCACUCAGUGCAUUCUUCCAGUUCGCGAUCUUCGUGUCGCCCCAGAACAAUCAUAAAGUUGCCAGGGAGAUCGGUCUUCGCUAUAACCAACUGCUGUCCAUCUUGGACACAAACAACACCCUAAGUGUGUUCCUUCUGCUGAAGCUGGUCGAAAAACCCGAUAGCACUUCACAUGGCCGGCUGACGGACCUGCGAGAGGGGAACACUACAAAUUAG